GGGGAUUGGAACACCUGAAUCACAUGAUACGGAGGGGAUUGGAGCACCUGAAUCACAUGAUAUGGAGGGGAUUGGAGCACCUGAAUAACAUGAUAUGGAGGGGAUUGGUACACCUGAAUCACAUGAUAUGGAGUGGAUUGGAACACCUGAAUCACAUGAUUGGAGGGGAUUGGAACACCUGAAUCACAUGAUUUGGAGGGGAUUGGAAAACCUGAAUCACAUGAUAUGGAGGGGAUCGGAACACCUGAAUCACAUGAUAUGGAGGGGAUUGGAACACCUGAAUCACAUGAUAUGGAGGGGAUUGGAACACCUGAAUUGCAUGAUAUGGAGGGGAUUGGAACACCUGAAUCACAUGAUAUGGAGGGGAUUGGAACACCUGAAUCACAUGAUUGGGAGAUGAUUGGAACACCUGAAUCACAUGAUUUGGAGGG